GCGGGCAGCGCGCCGCCGCACGCCAACUGGCGUGCGAGGCUGGCCUUCGUGUACAUUUUGGAGGUGGUGGUGAUGGAGCAGGCUAGCGAUGCGGACAUCGCAAUCGCGGCCGCGGGACCGCGGCUGGACGACGCCGGCACCACGACGGAGGGAGGCGCCAUCUUGGCUGGACGUUGUUGGACCGCGCAGUGCGACGUCGAGACCUUGCGGGGGGAGCUGAAGCCGUCUGCUGGAGGCAAGCAGGCCCACUUCCCCUCGGUCCUCGAGGACGAGACCGACGCAGCAGAGGAGGACGUGGAGGAUGAGAUGCACGAGCUCGAGACGGAUGGUGCUGAGAAUACCACUCUUGAUGAAGCCGUUCGCGACGAUCAUCACUCCGAGACUCGGGAGAGCGGUGCUGCAAGCGCUGAGGCGCAGCCGCCGCUGCUGCAGGUCGUGGAGCGCGAGAGACAUGCUGAGGCCAUCGACGAGCAGACGACCGAGGGUAUG